AUGACCGUAUUCGAUGCCCAAUCUGAACUUGCAGCUCAAGGCCUAAGAAGCACCAUCUUGAAGCGUUUGGCAGAAUUGAAGGUUGACUUGGAGGCCGGGGAGGAGAUCAUCUUGAAGGAGAAUACCAGACGUUUUUGUCUUUUCCCUGUCAAGUACCACGAGGUUUGGGAGUUUUACAAGAAGGCUGAGGCCUCUUUUUGGACAGUCGAGGAGGUUGAUUUGUCAAAGGAUUUGAUUGACUGGGAGGAAAAGUUGAACGAUGAUGAGCGUUUCUUCAUCUCUCGAGUAUUGGCUUUCUUUGCCACUUCCGAUGGUAUUGUCAAUGAGAAUUUGGUGAAGAAUUUCUGCGAUGAGGUCAAGGUAGCAGAGGCGAAGUGUUUCUACGGUUUCCAAAUCAUGAUUGAAAACAUUCACUCUGAAAUGUAUUCUCUCUUGAUCGAUACCUACAUUAAGGAUUCCGUUGAGAAGGAAUUCUUGUUCAACGCUAUUGAAACCAUUCCUGUCAUCAAGGAUAAGGCUAAUUGGGCUUUCAAGUGGAUCUCUAAUGAGUCAAACCAGCCUUUUGGUGUCCGUAUCGUUGCUUUUGCUGCUGUUGAGGGUAUCUUCUUUUCUGGUUCCUUUGCUUCCAUCUUUUGGCUCAAAAAGCGUGGGUUGAUGCCUGGCUUGACACUUUCCAAUGAAUUUAUUACUCGUGACGAAGGUCUCCAUGCUGAUUUUGGCUGCCUCUUGUUCCACCAUUUGGUCAAUCAGCCCUCUCAUGAAACCGUUCUGCAAAUCAUCACCGAAGCCGUUGAAAUCGAGGAGUCUUACUUUAAUGAUUCUCUCCCUGUUCGUCUGAUUGGCAUGAAUGACAAGUUGAUGUGUCAAUAUGUUAGAUUUGUGGCCGAUCGUCUCUUGGUAUCGCUUGGUUUCCCCAAGCAUUACAAUGUUAAUAACCCUUUCGAUUUUAUGGAAUUGAUCUCUCUUCAAGGCAAGACCAACUUUUUUGAGAAGCGUGUCUCUGACUAUCAACGUGCUGGUGUCAUGUCUACCAAGGAGGAUCGUAGCUUCUCUUUGGAUGCCGAUUUCUAA